AUGUCGACUCAAAAAGAUGGCGAUCCGCUUCCCGUGGACUCGAAGGAAGACACUGAGAACAAAAGUCAGUCAAAGAUCUCAUCGCCGGAAGUUAAAACCGGAAUCCCACCUGUUAUUCUUCCUCUACUACCCUAUAUUGAUCAUUCAACCAUGCCUGCGUCUCGGAAAAGACCACUCGACGAGGAGCAGCCAUCGGAACAAAAGCCUACAACCAAAAAAUGGAGAUAUCCUGAACCAAGCAAUCCCCUUCCCACCUUGUCCCCUUCUCAGAAGGCUAAAAUUCGGGUACAAGCCGCCAAGGAUACUCUCAAAAAGGCCAAAGAAAUUGUGGAUAGUCACGAAUCCCGCUUUGGGUUCUAUGACAAAUUUACUCACACGAAAACCAGACGACUUGACGACGGGAAACGCAAACGUCCCAUCUGUCCGAAGUUCUCCACUACCCAGGUCAAGGUCAUCGAUAAGGAUACGCUAGAUGCCGCGCUUGCCAUCGACACUGCAUCUGAUAUCAUGGGGUUCAAAAAAAGGCAGCGUGUUCUCGUGCUCAACUUUGCAAAUGCUUACCAUCCUGGGGGAGGAUGGCUGGAUGGUGACAGCGCCCAGGAAGAACAGAUUUGCUUCCGGACUACUCUGGGUUAUUUUGGCCUCCCACGUGAAUUCUACCCCAUGAAAUCCGAUGAGGGUAUCUACGUCAACAACGUCGCGCUCAUGCGUGAGAAUGAGGAGAAAGGCUUCUCGUGGAUGUGGUUGGACAAGCCAGCACUGCUCCCAGCGUUGUCCGUUAUCAGCGUGGCAGCAACGCAUGGUCCAGCUCUGGAUUCUACCCAGACCAAGUACAAGAAUGAAAGUGAGCGCACUCUUAUGGAAGAAAAGAUGCGCUGUAUUCUUCGUGUUGCAGGUGGAAACUAUCAUACCAAACUUGUGCUCGGAGCCUUGGGGUGUGGAGUCUUCUGUCAUCCCCCCGGUGAAGUUGCAGAUUGUUGGGCCAAGGUCCUUGUUGAGGAGGAGUUCAAAGGAUAG